AUUGCAAACGUAUUAUUAAUCACAAUCAGUGUGAAAGGGAAUUCGAUUUGACUUGUACGAAAAAUAAUUUAUACUGUAAAAUAACAAAUAUAGAGUUUGCUUAAAGUACUUUAAUAUACAAGAAAUUAGCAUAAAAUGGCAAAUGCUGAAAUUGAAACACGUUCAAGUCGUUGGCGAAAGGCCAUGGUGGGACCGCUACCAAAUGAUUUUCUACGUAUUAACAGUGGCGUUGAUGCGCAAGUGUCUGCAGGCUGCCAGACAGCGGAAGCUGCUUACCAACAGCAAGUGUAUCCACAAUAUGUUGCACCAAAUUAUGUUGGACGUUUAAGUAUUACCUGUGCACAAGCAAAACUAGCACGCAAUUAUGGCCUUACCCGCAUGGAUCCCUAUGUACGUGUACGUGUCGGUCAUUAUGUCUACGAAACACAAACCGAUCCGAAUGGUGGUAAACAUCCACAUUGGAAUCGUGUAAUACAAAGCCAAUUACCUGCAGGUGUUAAUUCCAUUUUCAUUGAAAUUUAUGAUGAAUGCAGCUUUAAAAUGGACGAAUUGAUUGCAUGGUGUGAAAUCAAAAUACCACAAACUGUGAUGCGGGGCGAAACGCACGAAGAAUGGUAUCCACUAAGUGGUAAACAAGGUGACGGUCUUGAGGGUGCCAUCGAUAUUGUUUUGAGCUUCUCCAAUCAACCCAUGCAGCCAUAUAUGUACCAAACUAUGGGCGGACCAGCGCAAAUGCUAAUGGUGCCACCGGGUAGACCAAUGCCAAUAUUUGUAACACCUCAACAACCACCUGUCGCCAAUACGGUUAUGGCACCAGCACCGCGCCAAUUGUCCGAAGAGGAAUUCAAACAAAUACACGAAAUGUUUCCAAAUAUUGAUAAGGAAGUUGUCAAGUCUGUAUUCGAGGCGAAUAAUGGUAGUAAAGAUGCAACAAUAAAUUCCUUGCUGCAGAUGAACGAAUAAAUAAUUGCAGCAAUUGUGCAGUUAUUUUAUACAUACAUAUAAAAAAAUAUAUAUAUACACAUAUAAAAUAUAAUCGUCUAUAUAAUAUUAUUAACAAUACUAAAUUUUGCUUGUAUGCAUUAAAACAGCAAAUAGAUUUUUCAAAAUGUGGAGACCACAACAAAAGCAUA